AUGCUUUCUGUAGAUAAUGUUGUACAAAAGUUAGCUUCUUUGCCUUUUUUGGGUCACACAGGCAUUGAUGCUAUAGGGCUUAGUGGUGGUGUGUUUAUAUGUUGGUUUACUUCUUUAGGACUAGAACCGGUUUUUAAGUCUCAAAAUGUUUUUCUCUGUAAAUUGGUGCAAGUAGAUGAAAUAAAAUAUGUGAUGUUUGUGUAUGGUUCGCCUCAUGUUGCUAAUCAGUUGGAGGUCUGGUAUUUAAUUAGUAGUAUCUUGGAUUCAAUUUCGAAUGUGGUAAUCAUUGGUGAUUUUAAUCAGGUGGAGUUUUUUUCGGAUAAGUUAGGUGGUAAUUUCUCGAUUCCUGGUCAAUUAGAUUUCAUAAAUUGGCGUAUGGGAUUGAAUUUGGUGGAUGUUCCUUUUUUUGGUCCUAAGUAUACCUGGACUAAUAAUAGGAUUGAUUGUGAUCCAAUUUUCGAGCGUUUGGAUAGAGCCUAUGGUUCCACCUCUUGGUUUGCCAACUUCCCUGAAACUCACCUUAUCCAUCAACCAAUUUUGUUCUCGGAUCAUGCAGCUAUUAUCUUGUCAGAUACUACUGAUUUGGACUGUCAUAAACGUCCUUAUCGAAUUGAACUUUGGUGUUUAUCUGCUUUAGAGGUGCAUAAUAUCAUUGCUUCCGUCUUCUCCUUAUUCUUUCCAGGAUCUCCUAUGUUUUCUCUAUCCCGUAAACUUUCUGUUUCUAGGGACCGUCUUCUUGCUUGGUGCAUCUCUCACAAGAAAGCAUGGGGUAUAAAUUGGAAGCAAUUAGUGUUUGAGGUUUCUCAGGCUUCAGAUUCUCUUUGUUCCCGAGUGGAUCGUUGUUUGUUUGUUUCUACUAAGAAUGAAAAAGUGGCACAAGCUCAAGCAGCUUACAUGUUUUGGCUACAAAGGGCUAAGAUUAAAUGGGAUGCGCAGGGGGAUUCUCAUUCUCGUCUUCUCUUUUCCUCAGUUCAAUCUCGAAAAAGGAAGAAUAAGAUUUUGGGCCUUCGAGAUUCUACUGGAACUUGGCACAGGGAACCAGUUCAAAUAGCUUCAAUUAUUUCGGACUUCUACCAGGACCUUUAUACAACCUCAGAUACGGCCUCGUCAUAUGAUGCAGAAUGGUGGGAGAGUCUCCGAUUACCCACUUUAUCUCUUGACCAGCGGAACUUUCUUAUGAAGCCUUUUUCUUCGGAGGAUAUUAGAAGUGCAAUUUUUAGUAUUGAAGAUAGUAAGUCCCCUGGUCCUGAUGGAUUUCCUUCUGCUUUUUUCAAGAACAUGUGGGAUUUAGUGGGUUCUUCGGUGGUUUCAGCUGUUCAACAUUUUUUUGCUCAUGGUUAUCUGUUGAAAGACUGGAAUCGGACAUUCUUGGCUUUACUUCCGAAGGUGGAUAGUCCGGAAGUUGUUUCUCAAUUUCUUCCUAUAGGCUUAUGUAAUGUGAUCUACAAAUGUAUUGCGAAGUGUCUUACGAGUCUUCUUCGACAAGUGUUACCUAGUUUGGUAGCUGAUUUUCAGAACGCCUUUGUUCCUGGUCGUCUUCUUUUGGACAAUGCGUUAAUAGCUCAUGAGGCUCUUACCUAUGUGAAUACGUGGAAAGCUAAGAAGAAAUUCUUCGCAUCUAUUAAAUUGGACAUGAAUAAAGCCUAUGACAGGGUUAAUUGGGUUUUCCUGUUUCGUUUGCUUCAGGCUUAUGGGUUUUCCCCAUAUUGGAUUCAAAUUAUUCGUCAGUGUGUCUCCACGGUAUCCUUUCAGGUGUUGGUUAAUGGUAAUCCUCUCAAGGCUUUUCAGCCUCAGUGUGGUCUUCGACAGGGUGACCCUUUAUCCUCCUAUUUGUUUGUGCUAUGUAUGGAAGUCUUGUCAGCUAUGCUGCGCAGAGGGGAACGUUCCUCGCUUUUUAAAGGAAUUAAGAUUUCUAGGGGAGCCCCUUCGAUUUCUCAUCUGUUUUUCGCUGAUGAUUCUCUAUUAUUUUUGGAAGUUAAUCCUGACGCUUGUGCUAAUCUUAUGACUUUGCUAUCAGAAUUUUGCUCCUUGUCUGGUCAUGUGAUUAGCCUUCAGAAAUCUGCUGUGAAGUUUAGUCCUAAUACUCCGACGGAUUAUCGUGAUUUUCUUGCUCGGAGUUUGAAACUUCAAGUUAUGCCUUCUCUAGGAUCUUAUUUAGGUUUGCCCAAGGAGUUAAGUCUUAGUAAAGUGGCUGAUUUUGGAUUCCUUAUAGAUAAGGUUGUUCAAUGUCUGUCAUGUUUGGCUUCUUUACGCCUAUCUUCGGCUGCCAAAUUGGUUAUCAUUAAUUCAAUUUUGGUUGCCUCUUUCAACCAUAUUUUGUCGGUAUUUAAGGUUCCUUCUUCGAUCUGCGCUACGAUCGAUAAUUUGUUGGCUCGUUUUUGGUGGAAGUCGGAUCCUCAUUCUCGGGGACUAGUUUUACGCUCCAAGACGCUUUUGCAUCUCCCAAAAGGAAUGGGAGGUUUAGGCAUUCGUCGUUUAGAUUCUUUCAAUUCUGCUCUUUUGGCUAGGCAAUGUUGGCGCAUACAGCACAAUCCUCAACUUCUGGUUUCCAGGCUUCUUUUCGCGAAAUAUCCAUCUCUGAGGUAUGUUCACACUAAAUCAAUUUCUGGAUCUUCAUGGGGUUGCCGUGGUUUGUUACAAGGGUUGUCUGCUCUGUCAAAGGGUAUAGCUUGGAAGGUUGGUUCUGGGUCCCGUGUUCAUGUUCUUGAGGAUGCUUGGGUUCCAGGGGAACCUCUCUCUUUUCGCAACAAUUGUGAGAUGCCUCUUCCAUCGCAUGUUUCUUCUAUUAUUAAUCCGCGUUCUUACGCGUGGGAUAUGGUUCUGGUUCAUCGGCUUUUUGAUUCCUCUACUUCAAAUCGCAUUUUGGCUUUGGAACGCCCGACCAAACCAAUGGAUGAUUUUGUGUACUGGAAAUUUUCAAGAGAUGGAAAUUUUUCUACCAAGUCCGCCUAUGCUAUGAUGCUUCGUCAGUUUAGUCCUUCUGAUGGGAUGUUACCCUUUUCCUUUGCAUGGUGGAAGGUGUUUUGGAAACUGCCUAUUUUACCGAAAUUGCAAUGCUUCUGUUGGAAAUUCCUUCAUAAUGCUUUACCCUUAUUUGGGACUCUUCAAGCCCAUGGAAUUCCGGUAGAUUCAACUUAUGUUCUUUGUCAUAAUAAUCAGGAGACGGUUGAUCAUUUGUUUCGUGACUGUUCCUUUAUCAACAGUCUUUGGUCUGCCAAUUCAUUUCUUCAGAGCCUUAUGGUUCGUGGCGAUAAGCCUUUUUCUGUUUGGUUUGUUGACAAGGUGUUGUCUUUGCGACGAUCCAAGUCUUGGGAAGCUUUAAUGGUUUUGAUUUCGUUUCUGUGGGCAAUUUGGAUAGCUCGUAAUCAUAAGAUCUUUAGACAAGCUGUGAUUUCUCCAGCGUUUAUUUUCCUCACAAUGCAAGAUUGGACGUCGAGGGGCUUAGCAUCUCAGGAUAAUAAGUCUUCUUCUUUAGUUCCUAGCAUUGGCUCCAGAUCUCGAGUUAUGCCUGACACGAAGUCUUCUUGUUUUUCUUGCUGUUUUCAGGGUUCCGGGGAUUCUUCCUUUGGUAUUUGUCUGGUCUUUGAUGGGGCUUUCAAUGCUCAUGAUAAUGCUGCAGGAGCAGGUUGGGUUUUUAGAAGACCUAGUUCGGACGUAGUAAUUGGUGGGGGUUCUAGAGCUUUUCUUUCUUCCUCUGCUUUACACUCGGAGUUGCAGGCAUUGCUAUGGGCUCUUCGUUCUGCUGGUCAUCGUGGUUUUAGAAGGGUAGUUCGGAUAUCUCCUGCUGCUGGUUGA